AUGACAACUGAACAAAUAGAGGCUGAUUCUGAAUUUGGGGAUGAAUUUAGAAGAAUUCAGAGUAAGCAUUAUAGCGAACAUGAGGGUCUUGAGAGAAUACAUGACGGUGACCGUGAAAAACUUAAGCAAGAAUAUGAUAAUGAACUUAAACAACUUAAAGAUAAACAAUAUCUGGAACUUAGAAAUUUUUCCAGUGAUUCUUUGCGUCAUCGUCAAAAUAGAAAGCAUUCUAAAAAACAUGUGAAGAUUCUCGUGCAUACACCCGAAGAAAUGAGGGCUAACUCUGAAUUUAAAAGCAUUCAGA